CGGCCUCCUCCAAGUUCACUUUGUUUUAAAGAGUGCCGAGUGAGCGCUCUCUUUGCCUUUCUUGCAGCAGCUGCUUCUGCAAAUCCCAAAUAGUUGACGCUGUGCAAGGGGAGUCACUGUACCCCGGAGCUGGUGGGGUCUUCAGCAGCUGGAAUUUCAUACUGGAAUCCAAUCCAUAGAAGGACUGAUAACAUCAUUAGAUGAUCUCUUGGGGGAAGAGUUGUUAGCAAUCUCAUUACUUCAAAAUGUCCAGGUUGCCAUCUACAACCCAGAAGACGCUGAGCAAUGACGAACCACAUGAGUCUGUCUACAGCAGUCAUUUACCUACGGCCAUCAAAUGUCCAGCUCAGUCCACAGACAAAGAGGAUGCCUCAGAUGAGGGGGAGAAUCCUUUCCACAUGUCCCCAGACACAGACUUCUUCUUGCUUCGAGACAGACAGAAAGAAAAGCAUCGAUUGGAAAGGGAGGCAAAGAAAACCAUGAGAGUCUAUGAGAAGAUGACGAAUUCCUCAAAAAUAGCUGCCAAGUGUACUAACAUCCGCAGGCAGCUCCAGAUGGAAGACUACGAGGAGGACCAGGCUCUGCAGGCUGAGGCCCGGCGUCUCCGACACCUUCAAGACAGCGCCGCCUGGAAAAUCACAGUCACCAAAGAUAAGAAAAUUGAGAGAGAGAACUUGGCUAGCUACAUCGAAAAGAAGAGACAAAUGUUUCUGAUCCAGUAUGCCCUGGAGGUGAAGAGAGAGGAGAUCCUGAGGCUGGAAAUGUUGGCCACCAAGGAAGAGAUGAAGCUGGAGAAGGCAGAAAAGUUCCUCGAGAAGGACGCGACUCUGUUUGAUGAGUUCCUGAAGGAGAACGAUCGGAACUCCGUGCAGGCCAUGAGAAUAGCUGAAAAGGAGGCCAAGGCGAAGAUGGAGAAGAUCAUUGAAAUCCGAGAUAUCACAGCACAAAUCUUAAUGGUGAAAAGCGAGAUCUCCAAGUUUGAAGACAAUGUCCAGAUUUUCAAAAUCUAUAAGGAUUUCCUCUAUAAGGUGUCCCCCAAGGAUUGGCUGAUGACCCAUGCCAGGAAGCAUUUGGCCCAUGCUGCUGCCAGGAUGACAUUAGACCAACAAAAAGAAAAUAUUCCAUUUUUGCCCACAGAAAAAGAGCCCCAAAGGAGCAGUGAGACAUCCAACCUGAACACCCCUGUCCCAAACAUCCCCUCGUCAUCCACGAGUGAGAUAGUGAUUAGCAAGGAGGACAAAUCCUCCCGCACAUCGUCUUCAUCCCAGGAUUUACAGCCUCUGCUCAGCAUGAGCCCCAGCAAGAAAGAGUCAAGUCCUACAGAGCUCUCUUCUAGAACAGAUGAAGCUGACAGUGAUGAUGAGCUGGACCUGUACUUCACAGAACCUCAACAGCUGCUGGACAUUUUCACUCAGCUGGAGGAGCAGAACCUGUCUCUGAUUCAGAACUCCCAGGAGACAGAGGAGACCCUGGAAGAGAUCAAUGAUUCCAUAAAAAGCACUCAGAACAAAAUGGAUCGAGAAGUCAACCAGCUGAAGCUGCUGUCAACCACUCUGAGGACCUCCAUUGCUAAGGAAGAGGAGAUUGCUGAUGACCUACAACUCAAAGCCCGUGUCUUCUCUUUUGGCGAGUUUAAGAGCGAUUACCAGAACAAGAUGUUGGACAGCCUGAACAAAAAGGUAGUAGAAGUAUACCGCCACUGCACUGGGGACUGUGAGUCCAGCCUGGGCACUCUGCAGAUGCUCACCAUUAUUGAGCACCAGCUGGACGAACUGCUAGAGAAUCUGGAGAGGGUCCCAGCAUGGAAGAUUGAACAAGUUGAGAAGGCCAAAGAAAAGGAGAGAAGGAUAAGGCUGAGGGAAGAGAAAAUGAAACUCCUCAGAGAGAUGCAGGAGGAGCGGCUCCAGAGAGCCCUGGCCAGGGCCCAAGCGAGUAUCAAGAAAAAGACGGGCAGGAAGCUCAUGUACCGCUCGGAGCCAGUGGCCGACAAGACCCGGAGGAAGGAGACAGACAGCAAGUACGACAGAGAGAAAGAAGAGCUCCUCUUCUUCUUUACUUAGCCCACACACCCACGCCCCGGUGGAGCUGGCUGAACGCUUGUAAGAGAUGUAAACAAUCGAAGCAAACAGAGCGUCCUGGUUUACUUGUAUGAUUUAGAGUCACUCUGACCCCUCUACCUGUGUCCCUGGACACGUGUUCUUUCUGUGCUUGUAUUGAAACUAAAAUAAAAGUCCGUGCUCCUUUUGGUUGUGCAAGUAGGCCCCUUUAAAGAAGCUGAGACUCUGUUAUAAAGUCUGGGGGUCCUUUCUUCCUCUGUAAUAAACCACCUUUUCCUAAGAGUUCUGUAAAAGCAGUGGGGAGAGAACAGAAACGAUGCCUCAAGCUACACUAUUCAGAGGAAAGGCACUAGACGAAGAGUCAGUGAAUGGGAAAGUUAUUCCCAAUACUGGGCAGAUAAAUUUUCAACCCUCAGGAGUCACAGUUCCUUGUACUAAGUCACGUAAAACCGCAAGUGCAAGACCAUUAAAAAAAACAAAACAGCUUUAUUAAUUCAUCUGCACUGGGGGUCAUGUCCAUUGCCAGCAAUGAACCUCAAAGCCAAGAAAAAUCUGACUACUAGUCAGUAUGUGUCCCAUGUUAGUGACACACACACACACACACACACACACACACACACACACACACACACACACACACACACACACACAUCCCUGUAAGCCACAGUCACAAGCCUCCCAAGAGGGAGCGUCCCUGAUGGGGUGGGAAGGAGACUGGGCUGGUAGAGGGAACAGAUGGGAACGUUCUCUGACCGCACUGGCAUCAGCCGGCGGCCAGGGAGGCAACACGCAAUUCCAUGAAGAGGAGUGCCCGCAAGGAGGAGGUGAACAUGAGGGCACGGCCCUGCUGGAACUGGCUCAGAAGGGGUUUCAGGGAGCACGGACAGCAGGGCAGAUUAGGAGUCGCAGUGGUCUGCUGGAAUUGCUCCAAAGAGCACAAGUCUAAAAAUUCAAGAAAUGCAGAGUACGAGUAAUCUGUAUUCCUUUCAGGUCUGAGAAACAAAACAGCAUUUUUACAUAAGCAUAGACUUCCAAAGGCACAA